AUUUACUUUUCUUCUUUUAAGUUUUUUUUUCUUUCUUUUUCCAUUCGUUUUAAUUCAGUUGCAAUUAUGCAUAUGCGAGCCUUUUAUGUUUCUUCGACAUGCAUAAGAACAUUCAUCACUUCUUGUUUAUGACACGUGCGUCGCCAUGGCAAUCGUUGGGCAACGUAGUAAAUAAAUGUGUCUAUAGAGUCUACCUCAUCUACCUGUAUAUCAAUGCACGCGAGUUUGUCGACCAGUGCAGUACAUUUACGUAUUUUACUGUAAGCAAAUAUAGUAAAUGGAUAUGGAAGCAAAGAAUUUACAUGAGAAAAAGUGCGAUUUUAAUCAGAAUUUGAUCGAACCAUCUCGCUCGUUUGAACAGUUGUGCAAUAUGAUAAAUAAAUUGGAAAAAGAUAGCAAUAUUGAAAUCGCGGAGUGCAAUCAAAUGGAUUUAUUAGCCGCUGACAAUUUAAAAUACGAUCUUAAUCUAGAACCAGCAAAGCGCAAAUAUUCGGGACAAAUUGAACCGGAGAAAGAUGUUGCGACAGACAAAUGUGGAUCAAUUGCAACAACUUAUGAAGACAUAAUAUCCUUUUUAGGAGAGCUAGAAAACGAUCCACCAGCAAAUGACAUUACCACCAAUAAUGUGACAACUAUUAUUUCGUCCAGCCAAAAUUCUAGUAGAUACGAUGUCCAGAAUUUUGGCUGUAUUCGGGAUGAUUUAGAAACCGCGAGAUUACAAAUCGAAGAAAGAAAUGCGACGAUAAAAUGUUUAAAAGAUCAGCUAAAAUCCGAGCGCAAGGCGGCGUGCGACAAAAUGGCGUCACAGAAACGUCAUCACUCUGUCAAGACAAAGGAGUUGGAAAACAAGUACAGGACAAUCAUAAAACGCCAUCAGAAAUUUAUCGAACAGCUGCUCGCCGAGAAAAAGGAUCUCACGCAAAAAUGCGACUCUCUGGCGCGGCAAAUUAAAGAGAUGGAACAAAAAAUCCAACGUGAUCUGAAAGUAAUUACCGAAAGACAUGCCGUCGAGCUGCAGCGCGCGAAGGAAAACAUAGCAGCAUCCGAGAAGAUCCGACGCGAACGAUGGUUGGAGAUGAAAACAUCAAAAAUCAAGGAAAUGACAGUGAAAGGUUUGGAACCAGAGUUGCACAACAUGAUGGAGCAACAUCAGCAGGAGAUACAAGAGUUAAGACGUGCGCAUAUAAAAGAGUUACAGGAUAUGGAAUUGCGCACGAUGCGUAGGUCGAAUCAACAGUUAGAGCAAUUGCGAAUCGAAUUGACAGACAGUCACGAGAAAAUGUUGACCACGGAGAAGAAUAUAUUGGCGACAAGGUACAAAGAAAAUCUGGAAGAGCAGGAGGAGCAUUUUCAAACGCAACAGAAGAAAUUUGCAGAGCAUUUCGAAAAAGAGAAGUCAAUGCUCAUUGCAGAACAAAAUAAACGCGAUCGAGAAACAAGUGUGAAGAUACAGCAAAUGGAAUUGCAUUUUCAGAAAGAAUUAGAAAAAUUGAAAGAACAACACGAAAUUGCUAAAAAGAAUUUUGAGGAAUCCUUGAGAAAAGAAUGGCUCGCAUGGGCGGAUAAUUAUAAAAAAGAACAAAGCAUAACUUUUACAAGAUCGGAGACUGCAAUUCGUAACAAGUGUCAAAAAGAGAGAGACAAGCAGAUAGAAAUCGCUAUAGUUAGAUUGGAAAAAGAAUCUCGUGAAAUAGAGGCCAAAUUGCAAAAAAGUUUUGAUAACAAAUUGGAAUUAAUGAAAGAAGAUUACGAUGCAAAAUUGCAAGCUGCAAUUAAAAGCGAGAGCAUUUAUAAAAAGAAAUUACCAUUACUGGAAGAAAAACUCAAAUGUACAGAGAUCCAAUUUGAAAAAACAGAAAAUAAAUUAAAAGAAUGCAUAUUAAAUCUUAAUAAUAUGAAUGAGACAAUCGUAAAGUUGACUAUACAGAGAGACAAUGCAAAGGAGUUAGCGAGGCAGGAAAUUGAGACUGAGAAAAAGGAGUUAGAGGACAAAAUCGCAUCACUUUAUCAAGAAAUAACACAAAAUAACAUUAACAGAGAUCAACUUAUGGCACAAUUGCACAGCAGAAUAAAACUUGUAGUCACUCAAAAAGUUAUAAUUAUAAAAAAUCUUAAUAAAAAACUUGAUGACGUUAAUGCAAGAUGCGAACACUUGGAAAAAUUGCUAGAUCAACAAAGAAAGGAAUAUAUUUUAAAAACUUUGUAAAUAAUUUGUAAAAUUAUGUGUGUACGCGCGCGCACGAGUGCGCGCUGUGUGUAAAGAUAAAUUAUAAUUUCUAAUGUCAAAAUAUCUUUUCCAU